GCUUCUCCGGUUUCUAUGGCUACCAGCGGCCAUGACUCUUCGCGUAGUAUUGUGGGUAGUACAUCCUCCAGUUAGUGUUCAGUGGAUGGAAUAGAGCGCAUCCGGGUGGGACGGUGACCGGGGAUGAUGGGCUCUGCAAGACGGUUCCGGGAGGACGCCGGGCUAGAAGAGCGGAUCGGGGAGCUGCAGCGCAGCUUGAGAGACUGUGAGAUAAAAAGGUUGGAACUGGAGAAGAAGCUGUUUCAGUACAACACAUCUGACGCACACAUAUCUCAUCUUAAGUAUUUGAAACUGAAAAAUUCUUUGAAGGAUGUUUGUGAAAAGGAGAGAAAAGCUCGUCUUCGAAACAAAGCAUUCUUGCAGGAAUUUGAUGCUAUUGAAAAUCGUUUAAGUACUCUAAUCUCCAAUUCCAAGACAUCUCACGAUACCAAGAUGCUGCGGGGUUGGCGACAGGCAGAAAUUAACACGGGCUCAGACAUGUCAAGAAGAAUCUAUCAUCCAGCAACAAUCUUCAUGGGCCGCCAAAUGUCAGCCAACUCAAGCAUUGAACAUUGCCUUACACAGAGGAAAUCUCCCCAGCCCACAAAGAGCUUUUCUAUUUCUGACCCACAUUCAGUCAGACAGGCAGCAAUAAACAGCAAUCUGACAGACAGCUGUGUAGUACCAGCUAAUAGUGAUACUCAGUGCUUAAAUAAGCCUGACAAAAUAGAUGUGGAGGCAUCAUCCUCGCAGAUUAUGCCGGUCACAUCCAUCGCUUCUUCCGAGGACGCAGCGACACAGCGCACAGAGAUCGACAAGACUCGCCGUGGUAUGGAACACUUAGCCGAAAACAAGCAAUCUGUACAACUUAGCACACAGACUCGGAAAAGAUUAAGUCCAGAGGACGGAAUGGAGGAUUUACCGAAAGACAGUCCAAGUAACAAGGUGGAAGAUUUGCUGGUGUAUGAAAGGCUGGUUCAUAAUGAGGAGAGAUUUACACACACAAGCCCCUCUGGAUUUCCACCUGCUGUUGGUGAUUGUAUCAAUAAAGAGACAUCAAACAAGUAUAGCACUGUCGAAAAUCUGACGGGUAACCAUCAGCUGUCAAAACAAGAAGAUGAUGAUUUUUUUAACAGCAGUAGUGACCUCACAGUCUCCAUCACUGAUUCAGAUGAGAUGUCUUCUGAUGAACUCUUUGAGGCCAUAGACGGGAAAGAAGGGUGUUCUACAAAUGCUCAGAAAUCUAAAGCUGAGGAUGUGGAAUGGAUAUCUAACAAAAAAAUUACUCACCAACAUUUGGAAAGUGCAAGAGAUCAAAAUUCACAUGAGGAGUCUUCAUCUGUAUCUACAAUAAGCAGAAAUGGCUUGUCUGACAAUGGAUUCCUUCAUUUGCUUCAGUCAAUAGAAGAUAUGAUACUGCAGAUUGGCUCCAAUGACAUGCAACUGUACCAGAAUACUAGCCUAACACCUACAAAGAAGGAUCAUCUUGUAAAUCUUUGUAAUUACAUGAAGCCUUUGAAAAAAGAAGACCUUGAAGAAUGUUGUGCACUUGUUGUCCAGUAUCUCCAGACAGAAGGUGGCAAAAGAUCUUUCCUUGAGAAAACUGAUCACACACACAGGAAGGAUGAAAAUAAUGAGAGGACUAUCUCUCCAUUAUUGAGAAACCAUCUGCUUGGCCAUGUAUCUUUCUUGAAAGAACGUGGGAUUUUGAAAGGCGGUGUUCCAGCAGGUUUUGCCAGCGCAUUGAUACUGAAUGAUGAAAUGAAAACUCAGCAGGCUCACCUUCAAACUGCAAGAAAUGAAAAUGUUUUAACCUCUAAUUCUAGCUCAGAGUCCCAGAGCUGCUCUCUUCCAAACAAAGACCAAAGGAGUGAAGGACUGGGCAACCAUGCCCAAUGUAAAAACCAUAAAAUAAAACCUCAAGAUGACACAAGCUCGUGUGAAGAUGAUGACAGCAGACAUGGAAAAUUUCUAGAGAAGAAACAUGUGGCAGAAAAUACAAAUGUUUUGACAGAAAGUACAAAAGAUACAGAUCAUGAAGAAAAAGAGGAUGAUGAAGAUCUGAGUGAUGUAUCCAACAUAGAAAUUCCUGGAUUAACAUCUGCCAAUAUACAUUUCACAAGAAAACCAACAAGCAAGCAAAUCUCUGACGCUACCAUUUCGUCUAGCGAGUCAAGCCCUGAACAUAGAAGAGAAAACGUGACUACCCUCCCAGAACCAGUGGCGCACAUGACAUCAAAUAAAGAUGCAGCCAAAAUGAAGUCUAAAGCAUUUUGGGGUGAAUCUGAAGACAGCAGCUCAGAUAUUGAAGCCAUGUUGAGACCAAAAACCCAGAAUGCUGAUGCUGAUGAUUUUGAUGACUUCUUUGACUAGAACACAAGAAUAUUGGCUACCAUUUAAAGCAAAAGACUGGAAAUUUCAAACCGAUGGAUUAAACUUGCUUGUCAUUGGUAUCAGAAGAGAUUUAUUGAACAUUUAUUAUUAAUGGUUUACAAAACUGGCUACCUUUAUAUACCAUAGUCAUUGUAUUAAUAUUUAAUAAAAUAUGUUUGAUUUUUAA